AAUAAUUAUAUAUAUACACACAAAUAGAGAGAGAAAAAUCAGCGAUUUUGGGGGAAAAGGCCAAAUUCUUCUCUUCGUUGUUUGUCGUCCUCAAUUGGGUGUUUGAAAUUUUUGUGGGUUUUUCUGUAUUCGAUCGAACAUGGGUAGAGGGAAAAUUGAAAUCAAGAAGAUUGAGAAUGUAAGCACGAGACAAGUGACGUUUUCGAAGAGACGUGCUGGUUUGCUUAAGAAAGCUCAUGAACUUUCCGUGCUUUGCGAUGCUGAAGUUGCUAUUAUCGUCUUCUCAAAUACAGGUCGACUUUACGAGUUCUCCAGUUCUAGCAUGCGAGGAAUACUCGAUCGAUACAAUAGGGCGACAGAACCAUCUACAUCACAACUACAAAUUGAAAUGAGGCAAGAACAAGUCGAGCUCGAAGUUUUGAGAAAUGAACUCACAAGACUCAGAAAUGAAAACGCGCGGUUGAUGGGCAAUAAUCUUGGAGGCACAAACGUGCAAGAACUAAUUCAAUUAGAACAUCAACUAAGUAAUGCCAUAAUAUCGGUUAGAGAAAAGAAGAAUGCUUUGGUGUUUGAGGAGAUGGAGCAUUUAAAACACCGGGAGAGAGAGCUUGGUUACGAGAAUGAGGUUCUUCGUGGAGAAAUUGAUAAAUUGAGGCGAUUUAUCCCGUUAGCUUUACCGUCUACUCAACCGACUUUCCUGGAACAGACACCCAUGGCUGCUCCGAGUAGCAGCGCCGGUAUCUCGAAACAUGACAGGGUUAGUCCGGAUACUGUCUGCUACUAUGGAUCUGACAACACUGACUCUGAAACUGCACUUCAAUUGAGGCCACCUUGUAGUGACCACUCAAAAACAAAGGAAUCAACAUUGACAAAGAGGGAAUGUAAUUCAAGUAGUUGUCGAAGCGAUGAAAUGGAACAAUGAUCAUGGAAUCUUCAAUGCCGAUUGUAAAAUGUGGAUUUCCGAUUUUACCCUUUUUAUUCCGACAUUCAUCCUGGGAUAUGGUUAAUUUUCGUCUUUUGCGAGAACUUUAUGUAUUAUGUCACAUCAGUUUGGUCGGCGAUUGUUAGAUUUUGAGUUUAUGAAAAUAGAAAUGAUGUUAUUAGGAUAAAGAUUAUUAUGUUUGGGGAUCUUUUUAGUUGGAUGGAAUUAAAUGACGAAUG